UUUGCAAAAACCACCUUUAGUUUUUUUUAAUAUACUUCUGUGCUAUACGUAACUACAGGUUGGUAUGGAGAAGGUUGUAGGUACUGUUCUUAUAUGUUUUUAUGAUUUUUUUGUAUCUACCUACAGGGUGUGUAGUGUUUAGCUCUAGCUAGCUAGCUACAAUAACUAUAAGUGGUGUCAUAUAUCUGCACAACACAAUAUUCCUUAUGAACAAAAUUCAUAAGUACACAAAUAUCAUUUUUUGGCUUCAUUUACCAGUGUCUCACUUUGUUGAUGUGCUAAAAACCAGGUCACACAUUCUGAAAAGUCAGACAAUUUUGCAAACCAUAUCAGGCCCAUGUCCCUCUCACCUCUUCACACGAACCUUCAGUAGCAUCAGAACUUUCGUUGUUAUUGUUAACCUAUUGUUAAAUACAUGAGCUAUUCUUGCACGUUAAAAAACAUAGAGUUCAUGUGUCACAUGGGAACUUUAUUUACCUUAUGUAAACUUUGUGUAACUUAUUGUUGUAUUUAAUUGCAAUAGCUGUCUCAAGGGAUCAAUGGGGAAAAAAAUAAAAAAAAUUAACAAAGCUUUAAGUUUUUAUUGUUUCUACUUAUUAACGGCAACAUAUUAUCUUUUGUUUUUACAUAUGAUCUAUUAUAAUACUUUAAUACAAUCUUGUGUUUUGGGUGCAAUUUUAUUGUUUUUGCACAAACAUUAAUGUUGUUAUUUAUUUAGGAACGUUCUUCGCCAUCGUUUUACAUUUUAUACAAAUUAAAACGAUCCUGUUUUCAUGAUUUUUAAACGAUCUAGGGCAAUCUUUUCGCUUUCUACAAUGCUGUUUCCAUAAUUUUUAAAUGAUCUACGGUGAUGUAACAAAACGCAACACAACAAAAAAUAAUAAAACUUUGGAUUGAUGAAAAUGGCAAUUUACUUUAUUUAUUUUAAUCUUCGUCAAGUAAGUUUAAUUUGAUUGACCGAAACUAGUAUUUGAAACUAUUAUUUUGAGCUGCCUGCACAAAAAUCAAGGCGUGUUUAUCAAAACAGUGAUAGAAAUAAAAAAAGCAGGUAGCAAUGCGCAAGGUACAAAGCUAUUAAAAAAAGUUUUGGUAUGAUCGCUUUGAUUUUACAUUCUUCGCAUAAACAUGAUUUUACAUUAAACACAAAAUCUUUAACGUAAGUAACGAAGACUUUAUUUGCUGAGAACAUAACUAAUUACAAGAACAAAAUGUUCCAUUGAAAAAGGAACUUUAACUAGACAAAUUGCUAAAAACUUUAAACAAGCUGGAGACCAUCAUACUAGUUAAAUAACUAAUCUAGGGAGAUGGCCACCAUUAUAUGUUUAGAAUUUUCCAUUAUUAAUAAAUAAAUAAAUAAAUAAGUAUAAUUUUUUUACUGUGGUUUAUCAUUUCUUGAACAUGAUAGUUAAGUAGGCAACGUUUCGGGAGAUCCUUCUCCCAUCAUCAGGCAAAGUAAAAUGAUGUUGCACAUGCAUUUAUAUAAUUGCAGAGGAUCGAAAUUCAUAAAAAUUAACCAAUCAGAAACAAGCUGAUAAUUACAGGUAAUUACAGUAAUUAACAUUUCCGGACCUGGAUGUGGGUAACUACUUCUUCUGUAGGGCUGGUAACCUAAUCUCAUGAAGUUGAUACGAGAUGCUGUUUAUAUGUGUUUGUUACGUUCUACACUGUUGAUGGUUUCUUUAAUCUUUCUGGCCGUUGUUCUGGAUUCUCUGUCAAUGAUUUUGUUCUCAUCCAAAUUAAACUGAUGACUUCUGCUCCAGCUGUGGUCCGCAUUUUCGUUUUUCUUCACAUCUCUGUUUCUCACUGCGUGCAUAUGUUCUUGUGCUCGUUGCUUAAACUUUCUUUUUGUUUCGCCUAUAUACACUGCAUCACAAUCUUUACACGUGAGUUGUCUGUUGUCAAUCUUUCCAACAGACAACUCACGACAAAAGAAACAAGCCUUCUAUCAAAAGGAAUGAAUUUCUGUAUGACACCAGCUUCAAUUCCAAAGAAAGAAAUAGUUGCGAAAGUGGAAGAAGCAAUUAAAGAUCAAAAGAAGAGGCAGACACAGUAAGAGUUUAAGUAAGCCAAAGGAAAAUUUGAAAAAAUCUGAAAGACUGUCAUUGAAGAAUCUAAAGGAGGACAAAGAUAUCAUAAUCCUACCGGCAGACAAGGGUAGAACAAUGGUUAUCAUGAAUACACCUGACUACAUCAACAAGUGCAACGAACACAUCAACAACGUGCCUUACAAACUUGUCAAGAAAGAUCCAACAGAAGUCAUCAAACGAGAAGCGAGGAACAUCUUAAUGGAGUUGAAGAGAAAAGAAUACAUCAACGAUAAGCAGUAUUACCGACUAAAACCUUGUGACGGACCACCACCACGAUUUUAUGGACUACCAAAAAUUCAUAAACAGGGAAAUCCAAUUCGACCAAUCGUCUCCUGCACUGGAACACCGUUAUACAACCUAUCAAAAUUUGUUGCUUCCAUCCUCAGCAAAUUCACAGCAAGUGACCACAGCAAAAACCUAAAAUAAUUUUCGGAAUACGUCAGAGAAAUAAAGAUAGCAGACGACGAAUGUUUAUAAGCCAGCUGAGAAAGAACUUGUAACACAUGAGGAGCUACAAUAUUAUAUGCCACAUAAGAUUGCAUUGUUUUUUUCUUGAUCAACCUGUCUUACAACAAUUGCUACCAUUAAUGUGGAAACUAGUGUGAGUUUGUUAACAAUAAAAUUAAGUUACACAUCAGUCACAGUUAUUUACUAUUUUCAUGGUUUAUGUAAACAAGCACAUUGUUUACAAUUUACAUAACUCAGCUUUGUGUGGCUUUGGGAAAUUCCUUAUUUCUGGUUUGUUGUUAUUACACUAUUGAAGAGUUUGUCAGGCAGGUAAAUAGAAAGUUAUAAAAAAUUUAACAGAAAAUAUGUUUUUUUUUUAUUAUUUUUUAAUUUUUACUGUUGUAAACAAUAGACCAUAAGAAACUAGAAAAAAAUCCGCUAAAACAAGCACACAGAUCUGCAGUUAACAUUGAGAAGGAAAAACUACUUCCAGAAUAAUACAUGAAAAUACAGAUUAUAUAAAAUGGAUGAUGCUCCCGUUGAAUUAGAAGUGGCACCUGCAGUGGAACCAGCGCCACCAUUUGCAGUGGACGUUCAACCUAAUCCAGAAAACCCAGUUCCUGCUGUUGAAGAUGCCCCUCUUGAUGCUGCAAAUAUAGAUCUGGAGAAUAAUAAUGGUGCUGAACAUAAUAACACUGGAGAAAAGCCUGAUAAUGUAAAAAAUGUUAACCUUGAUUGCAGUGUUUGUAAUGAUCGAUUCAAAGAUCCGAAAUUAUUAAGUUGCAUGCACACGUUUUGCAUGGAGUGUCUCAGACCUGUACAUAGGGAAUACAAUGGUAUGAUGGCAGUGCAAUGUAUGUCAUGUAGCACAAUCACCCAGGUUGAUGAUCUUGAGACACUACCAUCAAAUUUACUUGCUAAAAACCUGGUCGAAGCCAUUCAAGCUAUGAAUGAGGAAAAUAGUAAAGAAACGCAAUGCGAUGAUUGUGAAGAAGAUGUGCCAACUACAUAUUGCCUUGUCUGUCAUCAAAAACUUUGUGAUGCAUGUGUACUUGAUCACAAACGUAAACGAAAAUUUAAAGGUCACAAUAUGGCACUAUUGAAAGAUGUGACGCAAGAGGAGCUGGUGAGAAGUUUUUACCAUCUUUGCAAGAAACAUGGUAAAGAGUUGGAGUUAUAUUGUGAGACUUGCGAUGCUGUUGUAUGCCAAACUUGUACGAGAAGUAGGCAACAUAUUGACCACCGUCAUCUUCUACUUGAAGAAAUUGUUGGUGAGAAAAAGGAGAUUUUAGAGAUUAUACUCAAAACCACAAAGGAGAAAGAAUUGGCUACUUUGAAGGCUAUAGAUGAUGCAGAAAGGGAAAACUUAGAGUUGAUGCAAACUAAGGAGAGGUCCAUUUUGGAAAUAAAAAGUGUUUUUGAAAUCAUGAGGGCUCAUUUGUUGGAGCAAGAAACGAAACUGAUUGAUGAAAUUAACCAUAUUUUUAACGAUGGUGUCACAUCGAUUGCGAAAUCCAAAGGGAUUACUACAGCAUUUUCGAAUUGCAUGACUUAUUUUGAAACACUGGAGAAGAAUGGAAUGGACACUGAAUUUAUGUACGUUUUUCGAGAUUUAAAAUCACAUUUGGAGUCAAUUUCGAGCAGUCUGGAAGGAAACUCUAUUCAGUUGACCUCAGUGAUUUUGGAAAAAAGAGAAGAUUACCCUCCGGAGCAGUCCUUUCAAAUACUUUCAGAGGAGUAUGUCAAAUGCUUAAAUCGAAACCAACAAAAUCAUCAUUUCCCACAAAACGAACAAUAAAUAUUUUUAUUUGGCUAUGUGCGCCCAUAUAAUCAUUAUUUUUUCUUAUUUUUUACGUAUAUAGGCUACGUUAUAAUUAUGAAAAUAUGAUAAUACUUGUAUGCAAUAUUUUAAAUUUCCUACUAUUAUUGAUCAAGUAACUUGUUUGAUGUACUUUUAAAACAAUGGCGAACAAGUCAGUUUACCAUAUGUUUUUUUAGUUGUAUCUAUAGCUUUGAUUUAUAAUGAAAAAUUAUUUGAUAAUUUAAUAGUUAGUUCAGGGUGUGCCUCCCCUUCAGGGACUGUUUAAAAAGUUUUUGAAGAAAUUUUAUGGAUGUCUAGAGCAAUUUUCUUCUUCUGGUUUUUGUCAAGGAAAUAUGUUUGUUGUGUAAAUGUUGGAAUAUUUAGGAAUUUUAGGCCUUGAAACGAGUGGAAAACCUGUACGAGGUGAAAAAGGUUACCAUAAAAUUUUGUGUAUACGAUUUCACCUCACAGUGUUUAGAUUCAUGGACUUGAUACCUUUGUUCGUAUGUAGCAUAAUGUGGUUCAAAAUAAGUUGACGACAGGAUUUAGGAUAAAGACCUGUUAUAAAGACCUUAGUGACCAAAAAAACGUUGUUUUUUUGUUAAAAUUCCUCUUUACAAUUUACUUUAGGACAUAAAUUAUUCGUUUCCACUAGAUUUGCCUUUUAGAAAGUUUUGUUGGAACAUCCUGCACUUUUAAAGAAAUCACAUGUAAGAAUGAGUUCAUUCCAAGUUGUACAUAUAUUCACCAUAUGUCUAGCAUCCAUAUAUGUUUUUUUUUGUAACAAUUAGUUUCAUUUAUUUUUUGAAAUUUUGCUAAAGAUGCCCUAAUAUUUUUUAUUUUAUUUUUUUGCUAAUAACAUAAUUUUCUAUGUCAUAUACUUUUCAAGGUAUUAUAUAUUUACAUAGUUGGUGGUUGCCUAAAACUGCAUGGUGAUUUUUAACUGGUAUAAAUUCUUUGCUUAUCACUUUUUUGUGUGUUCCUUAAACAAAGUAUUUUCGGCAGCCACUCAAGAAGGGGUUUAAUUUUUAUAUAUUUUUCAGUUAAUUACAUAGUUAUUUAUUGUCGAUGUAGUUUGUGGAAUCAUGUUUUGUGAUUUUAUUUGAGUCUAAAUUAAAUUCGUUGUAACUCCUUUAUAUUUUCUUUAAAAAAUUGUUAUAUUGUAAAA